CCAAUUAGGCGACCAAGUUUAUUAUUGGCAAAUAUUUAUAUUUAGUUUGGAGUAUUUGCGCGCUACCAACAACGCCGCUAUUUUUGCUUUCGUACCUCUAUAUCCUUGGCGUAGGUGUAGAGACAAGACACAAACACAUAUGCACAUUGAGAAUAACGCAGUGGCACGGCGUAUGUUGGUAGCAGGUGCGUUGUCCUUGAUGAAUGUCAUUUGCCUUGGGCAAACGAAUGCCCAUUGCUUUGACGUGGAAGUGUUGAUAAAUAAGCAAAAACAUUACAAACGUUACAAACUUGGUGUGUGUCGGUGACUGGCGUGUUUAUUUUAGUUGAAGCCAAACAAGUUUGUUGCUUUAAAUGAAAGAAGCAGCCAUACAAGGCCCGUAUCAUGUGGAUGCUGCGCUUCUAUCAACUAUUAUACGUAGCACCACAUGAUUCGGCUUUGUCGGGUUUGUGCAGAGUGCAACGUCUUUGUGUGUAUUUAAUUGAAUUAUUUACACUUUAUUGAUUAAACUAAAAAUGUGUGCCUUUCUAUUUCAUGCCCUCACUGUAACGUGAUGAAUGGAGAAUUAUUGAUGAAACUGAAGGUGUUCCAUCGACGGCAAUACGUGAGAUUUCGCUGCUUAAGGAUUUGACCCACAAUAAUAUUGUACAACUCUUCGAUAUAGUGGUGGCGGAUUCCAGCUUGUACAUGGUAUUUGAAUAUCUCAAUAUGGAUAUGAAGAAACUAAUGGACAAGAAAAAGGAUGUAUUCACGCCAAAGCUUGUGAAGAGUUACAUGCAUCAGCUGUUGGAUGCUAUAUGCUUUUGCCACACCAAUCGCAUUUUACAUCGUGAUCUCAAACCACAAAAUCUGUUAGUCGACACCGAGGGCAACAUUAAGUUAGCAGAUUUCGGUUUGGCGCGUGCCUUCAAUAUGCCAAUGCGCGCUUAUACGCAUGAAGUGGUAACGCUAUGGUAUCGCGCACCAGAAAUACUCUUGGGCACGAAAUACUAUGCGACCGGCAUGGAUAUUUGGAGCUUGGGUUGCAUAUUUGCGGAAAUGAUAAUGAAGCGGUCACUUUUUCCCGGCGACAGUGAAAUUGAUCAGUUAUAUCGCAUAUUCCGCACAUUGGGCACACCGGACGAAAAUGUUUGGCCUGGUGUUACGCAAUUACCCGAUUAUAAAGCCAAUUUUCCACGUUGGGAGAAAACAAAUAUACCUGAGGUGCUUGUGAAACACGAAGCUUUUGAUCUCUUUAAGAAUAUGACGCUUUAUGAGCCAAAUGAACGAAUAUCGGCGAAAAAUGGCAUGAUACAUCCCUACUUCGACGAUGUGGAACACGUGAAACAUGUAGAACUACCCGUGGAUACGCCUUAGAUGCUAGUUUAAUUUAGGUUUUCUAAUUUAAUUCACUUUUAGCUAAUUUAUGUGUAUAAAUAAUUUUUAAAGUCACUGCCGUUUUAAGUAGUACAUGUCAGCAUUUAUUUU